AUAAAAAUAGAAAUAAAAUAUCCAAAAAGGGUAGAAUAAUUUAAAAACAAAAAAGGAAAGAGAAAUUGAGCGAUUCGAGGUGGAGAUAUUCAAAUUAGUUACAGAGCAAAAAAGUGAAAGUGGAAAGAGCGUUGAAUCGAGUAAUUCGAUUGCUUCGCUUUACAGACUGAUAGAGGAAGAGAGGGACACAGAGAGAGUAGCGAGAGUUGGUUUUCUUUGUGAAGAAAGUAGGAAGUGAAAACAGACACAAUUAGGGUAAAAUCUAGGGUUUAGGCGAAGAUGACGGAUGUGAUACUUCACAUAUACGACGUGACGAAUAGUGGAUCGGACAAGACCAACAACACUAUAAUGCAAAUCAAUAAGAUCUUCAAAGACGGUAUUGGCGUCGGCGGUAUCUUCCACAGCGCUGUUCAGUUAUAUGGCGAUGAAGAAUGGUCUUUUGGGUUCUGCGAACAUGGAUCAGGAGUUUUUAGCUGCCCAUCUGGAAAGAAUCCAAUGUAUACAUAUCGCGAAUGUAUUGUCCUUGGAAAAACAAACUUUUCAAUCUUCAAGGUGAAUCAGAUAUUGCGGGAACUUAGUCGAGAGUGGCCUGGAAGUUCAUAUGACUUGUUAUCCAGAAACUGCAACCACUUUUGUGAUGAGUUGUGCGAAAGACUUGGUGUGCCAAAGCUUCCAGGCUGGGUUAAUCGUUUUGCCAACGCUGGUGAUGCUGCCAUGGAAGUAGCGGGAACCACUGCAUUACGGUUGAGACAAGCCAGGACAGAGAUUGUCUCGGCUAGCAAAGUGGCUUAUCGUUUCCUUCUGGGUGUUGCUAACAAUGGUAAUGGCAACAGCAAUGGGCCUGUUCCUGAUUCCCCAAGCAAUUUAAUCAGAGGGACACCUAGAGUUCAAGCAACUUGGUUUAAAAAUCUCAUCACUACUGGCGCUAAACCUUCAAGUAGUUCAGAUACUGAGAAUAACGAGGGGGAUACCCCAUCCACAACAGGAGCAAAGUCCAUCAGAAGUCCCACCGCAACUGAAUCUACAUCGUGAUAUAGGAGGAAACUUUUUUCCCAGCAAGAUAUUCAUUGUGUAUCAAAUGUAAAGUGUCCAAUCGUUCCAAUUAAUAUUUGUUCAAUUGACUCAAAGGUUCGUUUGAUGUAUCUGUACGUAUUUUCUCCUCACAAACUGAUCACGUGCUUGAUUCUUCAUUAAAGUGUGGAAGUUCUCAUGCUGUGCUUUAGGCUGUUCUUACAUUCUUCAAAGACACAAGGCGCUUAUGUAUGUUUGUAGAUUUAGACCCUUUCAUUCGGUGAAGUAAAAAAAUUCCAUUUUUAUUUUUUA